AUGGCCGCUGCGGCUCAAGCACCUGCACCUGCUCGUGCACCUGCUCAUGCACCUGCACCCGCACCCCCUCGUGCACCCACACCCGAACCUGCUCGUGUACCCACACCCGCACCUGCAUCUCCUCAAGCACGCGCACCCUCCUCCCACCCCGCCCCAGAUAAUGGGUCUGCACCAGCGCUAGCUAAAGCAUUUGCAGCUGUUUCACUGGCGGAACCUGUGCCUCAACAAGUCUCCCGUCGCCGAAUGGCAUUAAACGCGAUUAGGAUCCCUUCAGAAUCCCGCCCUGACCUCCCUUCCAAGGAUUCUUCCUCUCUUUCUUCCGAAAACGAACGCUCCCCUUCCCCACCAGCCCCGAUCAAGAUCAAGCUCCCUGAAAAGAGGAAAGCGGUGCCACGCCGCCCUGGUCCAAAGCGCAAAGACGCACCACCUUCAGACCCCUUCGAGACCGGGAAUAAGGCCCUGCCUACUCCCAAUGCUGAUGCCGUUCCUGCUCCCAAUUCUGACGCCACUGCCGCCGACGGUGAAGAACCACCAGCUAAAAAGGCCAGGACCCAGGCCAAGGGAACGCGCCAACCUAUCAAACGUAAGGCUAAGAAAUUCUGA